AUGAUCCCUUCUUCCAUGGCGGUGCACACCGGCGGUAAUGGGGGGCGAGGAGAGCAAGUCAACAACAAUCUAACCGACAUCUCUCCUGUCCCUGCUAAUGGUCACCUGUCUGCUAAGAUCCCUAAACAGGCUGUUGAUAAUGGUGCUAGAUAUUGGGGCUAUUGCUUAGUGGAUCAGUUUAUGGAACUGGAUUUUGACAAUAGGGUUGUACCUAUUUGGAUUCAUUUGUGGGGUGUUCCACUUGGAUUGCUUAAUGAGGAGGGGAUAAGCUAUAUUACUAGCGUUGUUGGGAUGCCUUUGAAUUUGCCUAAAACUGUUAAAGUGGUUGUUGAAGGGGUUUUGCUCCCUUUUGAUGUUCAGUAUACAUGGCAGCCAGCCUGUUGUGAUAUCUGCUACAAAUUAGGGCAUGAGCAUAGCAACUGUUCAAAUGUACAACCUCAAACAGAUGUGUUCCCUGAUGAUGUCCCUCCUAUAAAGAAAAUCAAGAAAAAAUGGAUUCCUAAGCCAGCUUCAUCUAAUGAUGUUUCUGAUUCAAAGCAAAAUGUUGAGGAAGAUGGUUCUUCUCUUGCUUACAAUCCGUUUGAUGUCCUCAGUAUCCCAGAUCUACUUUGUUGUGGGGAGAAAAGGGUACAUGAUUUGGAUAAAGAGGAUUCUAUUGUUAAAAGGAAGGAGGAUAGUCCUAAAUCUACUAGAGGAGUCCGGCAAGCUUCUAGUAGUGUUAUCGGUAUUGUGGAACAAUUAAAUCCAAAGCAGAGGAAUGGAGGAACAGAAAAGAAAAAUAAUGGCAACAACAGUCCCUCUACUAGCAAGGGGGUUGGAGUGCAGAAUCCCAAGCCUCCAAAUGUUAAGCAAGAUAGUGUGAGGCUAUUGCUGAUUGUUUUCUGGGAUGGAAUCACUGUCAUAACUAUGUUUUCUCUGAUCAUAGACGAAUUUGGAUUCUAUGGAGAAGUUCUUUUGGAGUGUGCAAAAGAAGUCAAAACUGUUGUUUUCUCUCUUAAUGGUGAAAAAGCCCCUAAGCCUGAUGGUUAUAAAGUUGAGUUCUUUAAUAAAGCUUGGAGUGUUGUUAGUGAUGAAGUUACGUAA